AUGGGGAAAUUACUGAGUCUCUUGUCGCGCGAUGACUCCAAUUGUUGUUCUUCGCCGCGUUACGAUAUAUUCUUAGAUUUUGAGAACGCCGCGCCCACGGAUACCGAGCGCGAUGUUUACGAGGAGGUGCAGCGGGUACUUUUGGAUUCGGAGAAGAUUCUUGAAGAGAUACAGUGUUACAAGGGUGCAGGGAAGGAGAUAAGAGAGGCUAUAGCGGACCCCUCUCGAAUAUCCCAGGAGCGGGCAUGGCGCGCAGUCAGGCCGCUCGUGGAGAAGCUGCUUCGUUGCUACAACCACUCCCUGCAGCUGCAACGGGUGGUGCCAAGACUGCUGGGGUCACUAGUAGGGGGCUCCAUGAGUCCCACGCAGCACCUCGAACAACAACAAGCACUGGUCAAACAGUUCGCAGAAAUACUAGAGUUCGUUCUGAAAUUUGACGAAUACAAAAUGAAGACACCGGCGAUACAAAACGACUUCAGUUAUUAUAGACGAAGCGUAUCCAGAGGUGGACUGAUCAACGCUGAACUACCUCCGGGCGAAGACCCUCACAUAACAGCUGAGGUUGCCAACAGAAUGUCGCUGUUCUAUGCACAAGCCACCCCCAUGCUCAAGGUUUUGUCUGAAGCCACUAGCCAAUUUGUGAAUGAUAAUCAACAAGAUUUGGAAAAUACGACGGAAACUCUAAGUACGAUGGCUAAAGUUUGUCUUCGGAUGUUAGAAAACCCGAAACUCGUUGCACAAUUCAGUCGCGAAGAGACGUCCCUCCUAGUCCUGCGUGUGAUGGUCGGAUUGAUCAUACUUUACGACUGGGUCCAUCCUUCAGGUGCCUUCUGCCGCUCAUCGUCUGUUGACGUCAAAGGAUGCGUAAAGUUUUUGCAACAACAGCCGCCAACAAAGGCAGAACCUCUCCUUAACGCGCUCAGGUAUACGACGAAGCAUUUAAACCAUCAGUCGACACCAAAGAAUAUCAGGACAUUGUUGGCGGCGUGA